GCGAUACGGCAUGAGUAUGAUACUUGAAGGUAAAAGUCAGGUAAACUACUCUUGUUCAAAUAAUUUUAAGCAUCAAAAUGAUACUAUUGUUUUCAGACAUCACUUCCAUCGAAAAUGCACGAACGAUGGAAGCCACUGAGCCUGUUUCAUUUGAUGUAUCCCGAUGGCGAUCCCUUGGGGAAGCUGCUGGCUAUUUUCAGUUCAUCACCGCUAGUCAUUGGGAGUGGUAUUGCAACGUUGGCUAUUUUCCGCAGGGAUCUGCAGACAAUUUCACUAUUUAUCGGUCUGUUACUUAACGAGUCCGUAAACACGGUUAUCAAACAAAGCAUUCAGCAGCCCCGACCAGAUGUUCCGUACGACUGUAAGCUUCACACUUCUGGAAUGCCUUCCAGCCAUUCUCAGUUCGCUGGUUUUUUCUGCCUGUAUAGUGUUUUGCAUAUCAUCUUCAGGCUCUAUCGUGGACUCAAGCGGCCUGUUUUACGACUGACCUUAUGUCUGUUCUCCAUAUCCUUAUGCGUCUUAACCUGUUACAGCAGGAGCUAUUUGAGGUACCACAGCGGAUCUCAAAUCUUGGUUGGAGUGUCCAUAGGAGCGAUUCUUGGAUUUUUGUGGUACCUCUUAAUUAAUGUGAUACUCUCACCCAAUUUCGUGAGAAUAUGCGACUCAUCGGUUGGCCGUUUCCUGAUGCUGCGCGACUUCACUCGCAUUCCCGAUGUGUUUCUUUUCGAAUACACGAGUUCGCUAAAUCACAACAGGCGAUUGGAGGAUAUGGCAGCGCAUACACACUGAUAGCUUCGUAGAGGGAGUGUUCGAAUUCACCAACUGUGAUCCCCACAUUUCCCACUCCCAUACGUGUUAUUUCAACGUCUUAACUUGGUUUCUCAUUGUUUCGAUUUGACCAGUAGUACAUUGAAGUCAAUAUAUUUUUAUUCAACCAA